UUGAUGAAGUGAGUGAGGUUUCUUGCUCAUCGGUUGCUUUUCGGGUUUGUGGUAACACUAGAUUUUGUUGCCGCGUGUUGCUAACUGCGGUAGUCCAGAAAACGUCACGUACUAGCCUGGAAAGAAGCCGGAACUAGAAGCCUAGCCUGCACGGAGCUGUAGCCUGUUCAGCAAAUGUUAUUUGAGUUGUCGAGUGCCUAUGUAAAGAACCGGCCACAGUUUCUCCGGGCGUUGUACUUGUCACUCCGUUAUGGAUAACCGAUCGCGUGUCUUGUAGGCAUAAUUUUUAAAGGCACUUUUUUUUCACAACAUUCGGAAGGCUGUGUUGAUUGAGGACUUACUAUGCCAUUACUGCAAGGAGAAUCGUCUGCAAAUUGUGUACCUCCACUUGGAAUGGAAACCAACGUUACACUUUGGCAGUUCUUGUUGGAGUUGUUGCUUAGUAACCGUUACAACCACAUCAUCACAUGGAUGAACAACGAUGGCGAAUUCAAGCUGGUGAAUGCUGAAGAAGUGGCUCGUCUUUGGGGACUAAGGAAGAACAAGAACAACAUGAACUACGACAAACUUAGUCGGGCUCUUAGGUAUUAUUACGACAAGAACAUCAUUAAAAAGGUUUUGGGACAAAAAUUCGUGUACCGUUUCGUAUCGUUUCCGGAAAUUGUAAAAACAGAAAACAAAAUACCGUUCCACGUGAAAAUGGAAAGUAUCAACAAGACUAAAGGCAUCAUUUUUCACAACACUUCUUCCAAAGCAGCUUCAACCCUUCCUAAUACUUAUCACAAUAAGAAUGAAAAGGUGUAUCAGACAGCUCCUCUAGAUCUCAGAGAAGACAUUGAAAGAAGGGUCCCAGUUUCACGCGAAACUGAAAAUGUCACUGCUAGCCUCUGUAAUAGGAAUAUGUCAGUUUUGUGUGCUUCGGAAACAGGCGAACGUGAAGAGAAAAGACGAUUGGACAACGAUAAUCCAGAGAAAAGACGAUUGGACAACGAUGAUCCUACGGGUCAUUCAGCGAGAAAUUAUUCUGUCAGCUCCAAAUCCAAUUCGUCUUCUCUUUCUCCUGCAAAGAAACAAAAAACCGAAGCUCAUCGCGACUCAAGUUCUUCUCCUGCUCUUUCUUCAUCGAGUUCUACAUCGUCUUCAGUUGAGGAGAGUGUCGUCUUAUUAAAAAAAUCAAAACUGAAACUUUCGCCGAUUUUCCCCAUCCCUACCAGCCCUAGGCCGAUGUCAGGCGGGUUUUCUGCACUUCAGACUCCAGUUGUAACUUUAGCCAGCCCAUUUUUCUCUGACAUCAAAACACCGAUCAUGCCAUUACCAUUCUGGGCUCCUAUAAGUCCUCUAUCGCUAUCCAGUCCUCAUUACUCCAGUGGAACGCCGGCUCAUUUCCAGUUUCCUCCUCCUCAUUCCAGCUUUGGUAUCGCUGCCUUUCCAUCACUGAGUCCAUUCGUUGCACACCCGAAUCCACUGUUUGAUCCCAAACUACUUUUUUCCCCGACUAAAUCUAUAUCUGUUUUACAAUGACCAGUUAUUUUAAUUAAACUGCGGGCCGGGAACUCUUCGUGAAACAACAAAUUUUAGUGGGAUAGCUAUUGUAAGUGAAACGCAGUAACCGACAUAGCAGUAAACGACAUAACCUAGUCUCCCUUCCUCUUAUAGCACAAAGUAAUAAUCGGGUAAAAUGUGUGAAAUAUAUAAGCUUCUCUUUUGGACAAAGUUACCCCAAUUAUCAAUACUGUGAUUACGUUUCAGUGUGCCUUUAUGAUGCACUGGUACUGAACAAAUGUGAUACAGUUUCUAUCCGGAACGCUACAGCGAUACGAGUUGUAUGUUUAAACUGUAUGUCUGUAGCCUUACUUUGUAGUUUAUAGUAAAGAAUAUAUUCUAAGGUUGUUGCUUUUCAGACACACAGAAUGAGCAUUAAAGAGUGUAGGUUUGUUUUUACUCUACUAUUUAUGUUUCCAGAACGAAAGCUAGGUUGACUCUAGCUGAAUACAUUAUAUAUAUUCUUAUCAAAGGAAGUAAACGUAUGUCUAAAAUACUUUACAUGCUUAUAACUGUGUACAUUUGGACAAAGGCACGAAUUUGUGCCAGCCUUAUAUUUUAAGUGUUUUAUACCUUUAUAUGCUCAUUCUGAACUAUAAGACGCAAACUUGAUUAAAUAUGUAAUGGCAUAUAUAUAUAGGUGACUAGAUUUUGUAAUAUGAACGGAUUUUUAAGAAUAUAUGACGUUUCGUUUCGUAUGUAAUAUUACGUUUUGUAUAUAUAUAUAGAUAAAAUGGCUUUUUGUAUAUUGAAGGUAUAUAUAAAUAUAGAGCGAGACAGAGGGAAUAGGGAAGAUUUUAGAAGACCCGGAGUUCAUUGGUUAAUUGUAUAAAAUUGUUAUUUUAAACUGUAGCUGAAGUGUAUGUGAUAAUGGAUGAAAUAUACCCGAUAAUACCAUUCUUUAUAAUUAAGCGGAACCAUUUAUAGAGAAUUUCUCUAUUUUUUUAUUACUAUUUAUUUACGUGUCGCUUACCACGUAAACAAGACACGUUUUCACGUUAGACGUUGUUUGUUGAACUACUGAGAUACACCGAAACGUUGGGCUAUAAUUCAUAUUUUGUAGGUUUCUAAUUGGAUUUUCAAAACAUAUAUCAACAUUAGACAAAAUAUUAGGUCUUUUUUUCAAGAAAAUGAUAAAAUAAAAAUCUGUUCAAGCGGGAAAAAUUUUUUUUUUCGAUUUAACAUUGCGAAUAAAUUGCUUAUUCUAAAUAUAAAUUUUAAGCCUAUUCAUAAACCAUUACAUACCGAAGUCGUUUCAUCAUCCCCAACGAUUAUUAACAAACAGUGAAACAAACAAACAACGCUUUAAAGAAAAACAAAAUA